GCCGGAGCCGGGGCCGAAACAAAGCGGGCACCGGGCGGCCGGAGCGGAGCCGCGGGACAGAGCCGGGUCGGGCCGGGACGGGCCGGGACCGCGGCCAUGAACUUCGCCGUGGGGCUGAAGCCGCUUCUGGCGGAGGCGAGGAGCAUGGAGAGCCUGGAGAAGCAGCUCAUCUGCCCCAUCUGCCUGGAGAUGUUCUCCAAACCUGUGGUCAUCCUGCCCUGCCAGCACAACCUCUGCCGCAAGUGCGCCAACGACGUCUUCCAGGCCUCCAACCCGCUGUGGCAGUCACGGGGCUCCAGCGCCGUGCCGUCGGGCGGCCGGUUCCGGUGUCCGUCGUGCCGGCACGAGGUGGUGCUGGACCGGCACGGGGUGUACGGAUUGCAGCGGAACCUGCUCGUGGAGAACAUCAUCGACAUCUACAAGCAGGAGUCGGCCCGACCCCUUCAUGCCAAGGCCGAGCAGCACCUCAUGUGUGAGGAGCACGAGGAUGAGAGGAUCAACAUCUACUGCCUGCGCUGCGAGGCGCCCACCUGCUCCCUGUGCAAGGUGUUUGGGGCGCACAAGGACUGCGAGGUGGCUCCGCUGCCGGCCGUCUACCAGCGCCAGAAGAGUGAGCUCAGCGACGGCAUCGCCAUGCUGGUGGCGGGGAACGACCGGAUCCAGGCCAUCAUCACACAGAUGGAGGAGAUCUGCCACACCAUCGAGGAGAACGGCCGGCGGCAGAAGCAGCACGUGGGGCUGCGGUUUGAUGCGCUGUACGGGAUCCUGGAGGAGCGGAAGAAGGAGCUGCUGCAGAGCAUCGCAGCCGAGCAGGAGGCCAAGCUGCAGCGUGUCCGUGGGCUCAUCCGCCAGUACGGAGACCACCUGGAGGCCUCCUCCAAACUGGUGGAGUCAGCCAUCCAGGCCAUGGAGGAGCCCCAGAUGGCCGUGUACCUGCAGCACUCCAAGGAACUCCUGAAAAAGAUCACAGACAUGUCCAAGGCAUCAAUGAGCAGCCGCCCUGAGCCCGGCUACGAGAAUAUGGACCACUUCUCCAUCAACGUGGACUACGUGGCUGAGAUGCUGAGGACCAUCGAGUUCCAGACAGAGCCACUGGGCGAGGAUGAGGGUGACGGGCCUGGGGACGGCAGUGAGGCCACAACGGAUGAGGACCGGCUGGACAGCCUGGAGGUGCCCGAAGCUGCUGAAGAUGUGGGGCCGAGGCAGAAACCAGCGAGUUCUCCCCACGGUCAGCACUGAAGUGAAGCCGUGGGGUAGCGCUGCCAUGCCCUCAGCUGUGGCUGUCUCUGUCACCCCCGCCCUGGCUGUGGCCAUCCCUGGCACUCUCAGUCGGGCUCCAUCCCUGCUGCUGGAAUUCCCCAAAUGGGCGCUGCCCCUCUACAACAUUAAAAGUGUGUGACACGUU